AUGUCGCACAUCCUCGAACCGCUCGAUGCGCCCUCCUCCUACCGCGAUUCGCGCUCGCACUCGUCCAAACACGAACAGCAACAAGCCCUUCGUCAAACCUGCACGCUCUACCUCGGCAACCUAUCGUUCUACACAACGGAGGAACAGAUCUACGAGGUCUUCGGGCGGGUGGCCUCCGUCUCGUCUGGUGGUGGGAUUAAGCGUAUCAUCAUGGGACUCGAUCGCAACACCAAGACGCCGUGCGGGUUCGCGUUUGUCGAGUUCUACACGCACGCCGAAGCGGUGGACUGCAUGCGCUAUGUGAGCGGCACAAAGGUGGAUGAGCGCGUCAUCCGGUGUGAUCUCGACCCGGGGUACAAGGAAGGCAGGCAAUAUGGGAGAGGUCGAAGCGGUGGACAGGUGAGAGAUGAGUAUCGGCAGGAGUACGAUGCAGGCCGAGGCGGGUGGGGUCACAACAGGUUGCGAGAGGAGGAGGGAAGGAAGAGGAUGGAGGCCGAACAGGCGAGGAGAACCGAGAGGGAGCAGCUGUACCAGGAGGGCACGGCGGGGAUGGAUGCGGGUGGAGGUGGAAUGGUGCCCAUGGGCGGAGAGUUUGUGUAUGAGGAGAUGGAGGGUGAUGCGCGAGGACAUGGCGGGGAGCGGGAGGCGAAGGAGGGAUGGGAGGACAAGCCAAGGGCGACGAAGAGGGAGAGGAGUUACGAUGAUGAUGAGGACGAGGAGCUGUAUGGCAAGAGCGAAAAGAAUCCGAGGUUCAGAGAUCACGAUGACCAGGACGCCGACGAUGCUUGA